GCCUGAACGAGCCCAGUGGAGCUGAUAGUUACAUGUCGGUGCUGCCGCUGCUCCUCCUCUGUUUCUGAGGCCACCGAGCACACACACAAAGAGAGCCUCGCUCACUAGAUAUACAACAUAAGUACUAAAGUUUCUUUCAUUUUGAAAUGGAGACGUUUCAGAAGGUGGAAAAGAUAGGAGAGGGGACAUAUGGAGUUGUUUACAAAGCCAAGAACAAAGUCACCGGAGAAACUGUUGCCCUCAAGAAAAUCAGGCUUGACACGGAAACCGAGGGAGUACCAAGCACUGCAAUCAGGGAGAUUUCACUUCUCAAAGAACUCAGCCAUCCAAACAUUGUCAAAUUGCGAGAUGUCAUCCACACCGAGAACAAGCUGUACCUUGUUUUUGAGUUCCUUCAUCAGGAUCUGAAAAAGUUCAUGGAUUCCUCCUCGGUUACUGGUAUCCCUCUUCCACUGGUCAAGAGUUAUCUUUUCCAGCUGCUGCAGGGCCUAGCCUUCUGCCACUCUCACAGGGUCCUUCACAGAGACUUGAAGCCCCAGAAUCUCCUCAUCAACGCCCAGGGGGAAAUCAAGCUCGCUGACUUUGGUUUGGCAAGAGCCUUCGGGGUACCUGUCCGCCCAUACACACACGAGGUUGUAACACUUUGGUACAGAGCACCAGAAAUCCUCCUUGGCUGUAAAUAUUACUCCACAGCUGUCGACAUCUGGAGCCUGGGGUGCAUCUUUGCUGAAAUGAUCACAAGACGGGCCUUAUUUCCUGGCGACUCAGAGAUCGAUCAGUUAUUCCGAAUCUUCCGUACCCUGGGCACGCCCGAUGAGACGGUGUGGCCAGGAGUCACAUCAAUGCCAGACUACAAACCGUCUUUCCCAAAGUGGGCUCUGCAGGAACUAUCGAAAGUGGUGCCUCUUCUCGACGAGGAUGGAAGAGAACUGCUCGGAGAAAUGCUGAAAUAUGAUCCAAACAAAAGGUUAUCUGCCAAAAACGCCCUCGUACAUCGAUUCUUCCGAGACGUCACCAUGCCGGUUCCUCAUCUGAGACUCUGAGCCAAAGUAAGAAAUCAGGCCAUUUUAAUGCCACCAUGUUAAAGCAAUAAGGACCUCCUCGUUGUGUUCACGCUGAAAUGGACAGAAAAUUUGGACACUACAGGAUAUGUUGGAUCCUGUGAUGGAUAUGUGUUUGAACCUAAAACCAGCAUUUUAGACCAUGGAUGCCCUGAGAGUUCUGCUGUUUCUCUCAGCUGUGAUGUUGUCAUAGUUGAGACACGUUAACUGUUUCAAUAUCAUUAUUUUGCAUAUUUAUGUGCUGCGGCAAUUUUGUUUCUGUGAUUUUUUAAAUUGGGAUUGUCUCCUGACUGAGUGCAGGUCAGACAGACACUUGUAGUUAUAUGCCAUUACAUUUCCAAAACUUAUAAGGUAUGAUGGCUUUAGGAUGUCCACAUUUAGUCAAUUAGUUAGAGUUAAAUAUGAUUGAAUAUGUUUGUGGGAUAGUGCAAAUAAGAAAUGUCAUGCUUUUAAGACCAUGCAGCAGCUGCAGAUAAAGAUUGUGAGACUACUGUCGCCACCAGGUGUCUCACAAAUCCCUCGCCAUCUGAUGUCAAACACUUUGUGCUUAAAGAACACAGGAAGAAAAUAGUGUUCUUUUAGGUUCCAUUUUUCCAGAAGUUCCAUUCAUUUUAUGGGUCUAAAGGAUCACAAAGUAAUUUUAAAACAGCACCUUUGUUAAGCAAACAAAAAUGUUUAGAAGUGGUUCAGGUUUUCUGUCAGGAUUUCUCACCAAACUGAAGAUCUCAGCUGUGUACAUAGAGUAGUUCUACACAAAUGUUCUUUGUUGUAAUUCAGAUUUUACAGAAUUUAAUGUGCUUUUGCAUCUUUCUUACUCUAGAUUUUAUUCAAACCUAAUGAACUGUUUUUAAGGAUGAUGUUUAUUUCUAGUUUGCAAAAAUAAACUUGUUUCAAUAACUGUU